UGGUCGAUCACACGUCUUGUGUGUGCAGAGGAAACCUCAGGCUGUUUUUUUUCUACAGUGAACUUACAUGACAUGACUUCUAACUCCACUUGAGCAGGAAAUGCACCAUCUGAAGUAAAUGCAUCAAUGGUUUGGGGACAUUUUGGACUUGCGGUAAAGUCUCCAGGAUGGAAUCUUAGAAGAGGUAUUUUUUGAAGAGGUUUUUUUUUUUUUUUGCUGGUGUGUGAGGGCUUUAUUUAUUUCCCCCUCAUUCACUGUUACACUGUUAUGCGUAGAAGUUGCUUCUUCAGCGCUUCUUUUUUUGUUUCUAAUUCACUAGACAGGAAACUUGUUGCAUGCUGUAGCGCAUAGACUCCGGUGUUACUGCGUGCGUGCGCAAUAACGCAGGUAUAACGCACUGGCUCAUAUAAGACAAAUAAUUCACGCGUGAGCCGACUUACCUAUUCUAAACAGCACGCUCACUGGCAAGCUCACUGAAAAAAAGCUGGUUUAUGUUGGUGAUUUGAGCUGUGAUGGAGAGAGAUUGUGAUGGGGAGGAAGCCGUGGACUCGAUCCCCACGGGCGCGCGGCGAGGCGCGCGGAGGAGCGGAGUGCUGCUGCCUGACACCGACACACCGCUGCUGGAGAGCGUGAAGGCAGCGACAGCGCCACGGAGGAGCAGCAUCAUCAAGGACCCUUCAGUCACCAAAGUUGGCGGUGGGCGCAAGAAAACAGUUUCCUUCAGCAGCAUGCCAUCAGAGAAGAAAGUGAGCAGUGCAGCUGAUUGUUUGGCCUUUAUGCAGGGUGGCUGUGAGCUAAAAAAAGUACGGCCCAACAUGCGUAUUUAUUGCCGUUUCUUCACCUUGGACCCUGAACAAGCCUGCCUGCGUUGGGAGCCUUCAAAAAAGGAUGCGGACCGUGCUCGACUGGACAUUUCCUCUAUCCGAGAGGUCCGCACAGGUAAAAGCACUGAAACCUUUCUUCAUAAUGGCCCAUCAGAUCACUUGGCCGAAGAAGCUGCCUUUUCCAUCAUUCAUGGAGAUGAUUAUCAGUCCCUGGACCUGGUGGCAUUGUCGCCUGAUGUAGCAAACAUCUGGGUGACUGGCUUACGGUAUUUGGUGUCUCACCCUGGAGCCUUGUCUGGUGGAAGUGGAGGAGAUGGAGGAGUAGGAGAGAGAAGCGUGGGAAGCAAGUUGAGGAGGGAUUGGCUGGCAGCAGAGUUUGCCCUGGGAGAUGAGGAUGGGCAUGGAAUUGUGUCAGAGGACAUAGCUGUGGCCACCAUCUGCAAAUUAUGCCCUGGAAUUAAGGAAGCAAAGGUACGUUUGCGCUUUAAGGAGAUCCAACGUAGCAAAGAGAAGCUGACAUCUCAUGUGACACUUGAAGAAUUUCAGGAGGCUUACUGUGAGCUGUGUACCCGGCCUGAUGUUUACUUCCUUUUAGUGCAGCUAUCAAAAGACCAGGAGUGCCUAGAUGUACAGGACCUACGUCUUUUCUUGGAGACGGAGCAGGGGCUGCCAUUGGCCACCACUGAAGGCUGCCUAGAGCUCCUGCGGCGCUUUGAACCCUCUGCAGUGUGCCGUGAGAAAGGUCUCCUGGGCCUAGAUGGCUUUACCCACUAUCUUCAGUCAAAUGAGUGCCAGGUGUUUGACCCUGAGCACCAGUAUGUGUGUCAUGACAUGACCCUGCCCUUGUGCCACUAUUAUAUCAGUACAUCCUACCGCUCCUAUCUGCUAGAUGAUCAAGUUCAUGGUAAGGCCGAUCUGUUAGGGCUGACACGAGCGCUACGAUCUGGGUGUCGAUGUUUGGAGCUUGGGGUAACUGAUGGACCUGCUGGGGAACCGCUUUUGGGUGUUGAUCAUGAGUCAGACACCAAGCACCAUCAUCAUCACCACCACCACCACCAUCAUCACCACAGCCUAGUUACACUGCUCAGUGCUCUGGAAUUAAUUAACAAAUAUGCCUUUCUCAACUCUCAGUACCCAUUGCUACUAUACUUGUGUCAGCGAUGUUCCCCCAGCCAGCAGCACACGCUAGCACUGCACCUAAAGAAGGUAUUUGGAGCAAAACUGUACAGGCCAGAAUGCUUGCCCAUUACUCCCGGGGGACGGACUUCCACACUACCCUCUCCUGAGCAGCUAAAGGGAAGGGUGCUGCUGGUAGGCAAAAAACUGCCUCCAGAAGAGGAGGGCUCUGAGGGAGAAGUAUCUGAAGAGGAUGAGGAGAUUGGUGGUGGAGGUCCACUGGCUGGUCGUCGGAUGACCAUUCCUGGGGAAGAGGACCUAGGGGUUGUUCUGGUGGUUCCACCUCCGCCUCAGCCAAGGCGACUUCGAUUGCGGCGAGAGCUUUCUGAUCUGAUUGCAGUGGCUCGCACUGGUAGCUGUAACUUCUAUACUCACCGUCCUAAUACUCAGCAGUCUCAACAAACCUCUCCUCCAUCCACUCCCUCUACACCCAGCACCCCAGGUUUCCCAGACUCCUCUUAUUGGACCCUCUGCUCUUUAGGAGAGGGUGAAGCAGGCCGGCUGGCAAGUGAGAGCCCAGAGGAACUGGUGAGCUUCACUAAGCGCUGUCUUACUCGAGUUCGGCCAAGCUCAGUCCGGUUGGACUCCAGCAACCCCAACCCACAAGGCUACUGGAAAGGAGGUGUGCAGCUGGUGGCACUCAACCAGCAGACACCAGGUGCCAUGCUGGAUCUAAGCCGAGGUCGCUUUGCCCAGAAUGGAAGCUGUGGAUAUGUGCUAAAGCCAGCUGUCAUGAGAGAUGAGGUCUCCUACUUCAGUGCACAGUCACAGGGCUGUGUGCCUGGUGUACCACCACAGACACUCAGGGUGAAAGUUAUCAGUGCUCACAAUCUGCCCAAACCACAGGGUUCUGGGGCCAAGGGUGAAGUCAUUGACCCCUAUGUGGUGCUAGAACUGCACGGUGUACCAGCAGACUGUGCUGAGCAGAGAACUCGCACCGCAGCCCAGAACCAGGAUAACCCACUGUUUGAUGAGACCUUUGAGUUUCAGGUGAACAUGCCAGAACUGGCACUGCUCCGGUUUGUUGUUCUGGAUGAUGACUACAUUGGUGAUGAUUUUAUUGGGCAAUACACUAUUGCAUUCGAAUGCCUACAGCCUGGCUACCGAAAUGUGCCACUGCUUGGCCUGGCUGGAGAGCCUUUACCCCACGCCAGCCUGUUUGUUCACGUGGCUAUCACAAAUCGCCGUGGUGGAGGCAAGGCUCAAAGACGUGGCCUAUCUGUAAAGCGAGGAGGGCGUCGAGGAAGGGAGUAUGUCACCCUCAGAAACACAGCCAUUAAAGUUUUAGAUGACACCUUUCGCUCUGCUGGCACUCCACUCAAAGAGGCCACUGACCUGCGGGAGAACUCACUUAGUGCUACAGUGGCAUUUAAGGAGCAAUGUGGGCUCCCCCCAGUGUCCACGCUGAAGCAGUGCAUGCAGAGUCUGGCCACAAGGCUGCAGGGCCCUGAUGCUUCCCCAGGAGCCAGCCUGAUCCUGAAAGAUGGUUAUCCCUGCCUGGAGCCACUCACAAACCUGAAUGACACCACACGCAAGCUGCUUAAUGCUUAUGACACGAUGAUCUCAGCUAACAAACAGCUAAUAGAGAAUGCGGAUGCUGUGCAGGAGAGGAUCGCUCAGGUGCAAAAGGAAGGCAUGGUGUUUCAUGAGGAUCUAGCCAAGCUGGGGGAGAAGGAGAACCUGAAGGAGCGAAAGCUGAGCAAAGCUGUGGAGAGCUUCACUUGGAACAUCACUGUACUAAAGGGUCAGUGUGACCUGCUGCGCAGCGCCAAAAUGGAUGCCCUGGAUGCUCUGCGGCAGCUGGUGUUGGCCUGUGAAGCCUCCGGUUUGACCUUGAACUCUGAUCUCCAGUACACACCACACAACCUAACCUCCAGAAGGGGCAGCAGCCAUGGAAAUGGUCGCAUCUGAGCUCUCUCAAAUGAGCUGAGCAUGAGUUGUUGAACCUGCAUUAAAUGUGGAUAGAUAAAUGGUGCAAUAAUUAAGAGACGAGAGCCUUUUUUAUGGGACGAGAGCCUCUCAUGAAGUAUAUAGCCAGGUCAUGUGAUUCAGACAGUAGCCACGUGAAUAUAUAAGUAAUGUGCGAUAGGUCCAAGGGACAAUAAAAGGAAAUGCCUAAAAACUAGCGAGGAUGGGUUCUUGUUUGUGAUGAUCAGAAAUGCUUCUGAGAACAAAAACUGUGUAGCAUACUUACAAUAGAAUUGAGUUUAGAGAUAAAUUGGUUAGUUUUUUGUUUUUGGGCAAGUCUUUGUUAAGAGAAUCCAGUAGUGAAGAAAAACCUUUUUAAAGCUCCUAAGUUUGCAAGGAACAUUGACCUGUUUAAAGGUAAAGAUUAGCAUAGAUUCAUCCGGCAUACAUACAGUAGGAGAUAAUCUCCUUUACAUCCAAUAUUCAUACUCCCAUUGAUAUAUCAAACGUUAUGUAAUAUAUAUUAAAUCAACUUUAAGAGAAGGUAUUUUCUCCUGUUUCUCAUUACAUUUAGAGUAAACGCAAAUUGCAAUGCUGCUCACUUGCAUUAAUUGAGCUCUCUGAUCAAACCCAUACAUUUAAAAAGUGAACAAUGGCACGCACAUCAUUAUAUAUAUCGUCACCCUUGCCAAAGUCCACAAUACCAAUGGUCCCUGGUCUUGGAGAAAGAAGAAAAAUCACUUCCUUUCAUAGUGAAUGUUGGAAACUAGGUUACCUAGUUAAACGUUAACAGUAAGCAUAGUCUAACCAGUUAAACCUGAAAUGGUGGAUGAACACUGGAGCAUUAACUGAUCUCCUGGCUAAUAUUAUGGCUUACAUUGUUAACACUUAUUAACAGUCUUCUGAUACAGAGAAGAGAAGAGAGAAGAAGCUUUUGAAAGUAUUUUCUCAACUGCUUGAAAAGCAGCACUGAAAGCGGACUGUGUUUUCAUGUUUCAACAGACUUUAACAUAGUAAUAUAGAAAUGCCAAUACUGUAUGUGACUUUUGACAGUGUAAAGAUAUUUUUCUUUUUUGUAUUGUUGACAAAUAGAUAAUGUGUGUGAGUACUGUAAUCAGUAUUUGUGUGAACACACCAAUAUCUGUAGCUAGGUACUUAAAUCUGUGUUUGUGUUGAUUGUUAGGAAAAGCAUUGUUAGUUAUGAAGAACUUUGCUGAAGGAUUGUUACAUUCAAAAGGAUUAAGAAUGGCUAAAAAUAUUCAUUUCUUAUUUCGUAUUUUUUUGAAUGAGAAGAACCACAUUGGAUUUAUCUUCUAGAGUACUAACAGGCACAUGUAAUAUUUUCUUAUCAUGAAUGUGUGUGUGUUUCUAAUCAUUCCAUCCUGUACUGAUCUUUCUUCUUUUACCUCUUCUACUUAACUUUCAAAAGCAGCACACAUUAUGAAUGAGUCUCAUUUUCUCUGUCCUCUUCCCCCUCAUUCUCUCUGCCGGUGUACUGGUGAUGAAUGUCCACAGGUAAACUUGGGUGUCCCUGCUUAUGUUUACACAUACUGUAUGUGCAUCAUGUUCAGCAGAUGUACUCUGCGCUUCUUAAUUAACAGUUCGUUUGUGUUGGUGCAACUGACACCAAACACAACUCAAACUGACACAUUAUUUAUCCUCUAUAGCAAACCGCUGAGGCAUUCUUUAAUGACCUGUACGCAUGAUCCGCUAACGGACUAGAAAACCCUCUCCUUCACCGGAUCUGCUUACUUCUUGCUGGGCUCAUGGCUGAAUAAUGAAUGCCAGUAUUACCUUUCGUUUUUUUUUUGUUUUUUUUUUUAAUGGUUGGCGCUACGCACAGUCUAGGGUCACAGUAGUUUAAUUCCGCAGAGCAAUGUUCAUGUCUAUGAGAUUAGAGAAGUAUGACAUGUUAUGGGAAUGAAUGCCCAAGUAAACAAAUACAAUAUAUUAAAAACAGAUAUCUAGCAUUGCUUUGUGGAAUAAACCACUACCUCCAGAAAUACAUGUAUGCAGUACAUUGUCAACAGAUGGUAUCAGUGUACCUAUAGGUUUUUUAUCUCUAGCUUGUUCUCUAGUUUGUGGUCUGUUUCAUUGUAGAUGUAAAUGUAUCGUAUCAGUCUGGACUAGCCAGAUAAGCCCUGCGGUAUUAAGUAGCCUGAAGGUGAACACUUCAGUUGGUGCUUUGGUAUUGCAUUGUUUAUUUACCUGGACGACCUCUGUGAACCCUCAACAGUAGUCUGGUUUGUCUGUAAAAGCUUUUACGUGUGACUGCUGUCCUCUGCACUCAGCGUGCUUCUGUUGUGUCUGCCUUCUCUGUGACCUUUCAAACAAAACUGCUCUUUUGGUCUGAGUUCUGACUCUAGUUGUUGUACAAACAAAGAGUAUUUAUUAAAGGUGAUAAGUGUGUUUUAAAGACGAUUAACUUUGAAGCGACUUUGCUUUUAUUUUGAAAAGCCAUUUUGUAUUCUUAAAGAUUAACAUUAUGAUAAUAUAAUACAGAUAUGGCAAAGACUAAAUAAAUCUUUUACUGAUUA